AUGAGUGGCGGAACAGCCACGAUCCUCCCUGCGGAGAGUACUCCCCGCGUCAUUCCAGGAGUUGCCGGUGGCCAGAGCAAUGGCCCGUCCACCACCCGGUCAGCCGGCAAAGGCCGGCGGAGACGAGCAGCAGCGGAGAUGCGGCGCAUCGAGCAACAGCGAUGGGGCGAGGCCCUAGUAGCACCAGACGAUGACGCCAGCAGUGACGUCAGUCCGUCCCCCACGGAAGCCGCGAGGGCGUCGCUCAUGCAGCAGACGGCCUCCGCGCGCAGGCGGCAGCAACGCCGCGUCUCCCGCCGGCAAUUGCGGGAGGGGCAGCGCGAAAUUGAGGAGUUUUUCGAGCGGGAGGGGGAGCAGGACGGGGAGGAGGAAUGGCGGUGGGGUUACGGCGGCAGCAGCAGCAGCAGCAGCGGUAGAGCGCUGUCGCUGUCCCUAGUGGAUCACCCCAUUGCCGCCAGCGACAGCACCGGGUCUCUCUCGGACGCUGCUGCUGCUGCUGCGUCAGGGGACCUCUCUUACGAAAACCUGACGGAGCUGGAGAAUGUGCAGUGCGGGCUGUCGGGAGAUCAGAUCGACCACCUGCCGACCGUGCAUGUGGGCACGCAGCAUUCCAGCGACUCCUUUUCGGAUGAGUGA